AUGUUCAAGGUCUCGAGGAUAGCGCCACCGCCAGAGUAUGAGCCUAAGAUGGUUGAGGAGGACGAGAACGGAAUGGAGCUCGACGGGCCUGCCGGCAGCAGCGUCGUCACGCCCGGCGAGGGCAUUGCGAGUUCUAAGGAGUACAUGAGAGAUACUUUUGAGCUUGUUGAUCUGAGGCAUUAG